GCCAGCCUCUCGCGCCGCAGGAAGCUGUCCGGGAGCAGCCCCAAUUGCUGCCCUUCCUUGGGCGCAGGAUCGUUGGGAGAGCCGACAGCAGCGGCAGCCGUCGCAGAAAGCGGCGCGGCCCGCAACAAAACCAUGGGAGCGUCCCUGAGCCAGGACACAGCUUACUUACCUGAAGAGGUAGUAAAUAACUAUAGGAGGAGCGACGAUAGAGAUUUGCGCUUCCGACUGGCCCUGGCGAGCCACCAGCGCUUCUACAAGCAUUUUGAUCCCGCGAAGUUGGUCCUUACGGAGGACGAGUUCGUCGAGGUGUUUUCUCCCUCGUUUGUCGAUGCGAGACUCCACUUCCGCCAUCUCGACGAGAAGGAGCGGGGCCGCGUGUCGUCCUUCGAAGCUCUCGCGGGCUGUUAUCUCACGUCACGGAACUGGGACGAGUCCUCGGAGAAACUGCUCGUGACGGCCCUCUUCCAGGUCUUCGACCGCUCCUCGAAAGGAUCCCUCAGUCGUGUAGAGAUGGAGAUUUUGCUGCGGACGUCGUGCCAAGCAUUAACAUCACUAUACAGAAGCAAGCCGGUCGCGGAUUACGUGCUGCGGGACGCGGUCAAAAAGAUUUUCGGCGAUAAGAAGAACGGGAGCGGCCGUAGAAGUGGCCGGGCGUCGCUGGCGGAUCUGUUGAGGUGGGUGCGCGGCGGCGACGAGGUGCAGACCUUUCUUUCUUUGUUCGACCGGGAGUCGUUGGAAGGGACAACUACCGUAAAAGCUAAAAGACCGACCUCAAAACGAGGCCCCGACGUCAAGAAGAGCCAUUCGGAACGUUCGCCGGAGAUGCUGAUGGCCGAGAUCGAAGUUAGAACAGAUCUAGUAUGGGGAUUGGUCACGGGAGCCGUCAGGGGUGCCAAGGACCAGGCGACCCAAAGCGAGACGGCAAAGAAGGCCCGGGAGCUAGCUGAGGCUGCAGCUUCCGAAGAAGCGCGGAUCGAGGCCGAGAAACGAGCGGCUGAGGCGGAAGCGGAGGCGCAACGCUUAGCUGCCGAGGCCGAAGCGAAGGCGCAGGACGCCUCGGCUACGCGACUAGCAGCUUGUGUGCGCGGUCGGAACUCGCGGAGAGAGCUCAAUGCUCAACAACGGGCCGCAACGAGACUCGCGGCCUGCGAACGAGGAAGAUCCGCGAGAAAAGACAUCCAGGACCAGUCAAAUGCCGCAACAGCAUUACAAGCGCAAAUUAAGGGCCGGAACGCGCGCCAAGAGCUCACGGAGCAGAAGAAGGCCGCGACGGCACUCGCUGCGGCGGAACGCGGGCGAAGUGCCAGAAAGGAGGUCAAGGAGCAGCAGCACGCUGCUACAGCACUACAAGCGCAAAUCAAAGGCAGGAACGCGCGGAAGGAGGUCGCCGACCAGAAGGUCGCUGCUACUAAAUUACAAGCCUCGAUUCGCGGUAAAAAUGCGCGGAAAGUAGGACCUACGGUCGGCCAAGCGCGCAAGCUCUUCGAGAUGCUCGACCGGAGAGAAAAGGGCAUGCUGGCUGUUUCAGACAUUGUGAAACAACUCGAUGAACGGCCCGAGUGCCAAUAUUAUCUCAAAGGUACGGGCAACCCUUUGCUGCAGGAGCUGCUGGGCGCCGACGACCUCGAAGCGCGGUUAAUGAGAAGACCGCUAUCGACGAAAGGCGUCAUCACGAAGCAGGAGUGGGAUGCCGCUAUAAAUGAGUGGGCCGCGGCGCCUGAUCUAGCGGGCAUCCCGGAUGGUGAUGAGGAUCCUCUGUCGCCGAUUGUCAAAAGAAGGAAGCCGGUCCAGCCCCUAAAACCGCCGCGGGAGUUGGUCAUGGACGAUGACCUCAAAGCGGCAGUGGCCAAGCGAGAAGCGCUGCGACGAGAGAAGCGCAAGUCGAUCGUACCGUCCCAGCCGCUGGAUGCUUCCACCAAGUCCACGCUAGCCGCCGAAGCCAAGCAGGAAUUGGGCGAGGACGCCCUGAAGCAGGCCAAGGACGCCUUCGAGGCCGCCGACGUGAACAGCUCCAACGACCUCGACCGCGAGGAGGUCGAGAAGGUCCUGCUGUCCAUGGGCAUUAGCUCCGCCUCCGAGUUGGCGGAAAUAUUCUUGUCAAGUGAUCGCAUGGACUUUGACGGUUUUUGCAUCAUGAUCGCGCCGGAGACGGCGCGGAAGUGCCGCGAGAAAUUGGGAGUUGCGCCUCAACCACCAUCACCUACCAAGCGCAAGGUGCCUCGGCAGAAGCUCACUGGACGCUUUAGUACUUCUGAACCGACGGAUUUCUCCCAGACCUUCCGGUCGACGCGCACGGGCCUACCAAUGGCGCCGUGUCUCAGCCCGGGCGGCGUGCAGAUGCCGGCGGUCGAAACGCCCAGAGAGGCGGAACGACCCAUGGAGGGGGCGUUUACACCGGGCCCGGCCCCCGCCAGGGAAGCGGCACCGCCCUCGACAGAAAAGUCGCCCGGCGUCGCGGAAUCAACGCCCGCGGGCUUUGCCGGUUUUAGGCAAGAUGGGUUAGAUGGCCGCUUGAAAGAAGUGGAUGAAGAAUGUGCCGCCGAGGUCGACGGCCUGCAUUCUCUGAGCGCGGAACUGGCGAAGAUGACCGGUUCGUUAGAUGACCUCAAGAGCACGAUGACCACCUUCUGGCAGACGCGCCACGACGUCAUCGACGAGAAGGAAAGAAAAACAUACAACGCCGCCGUGACGAUCCAGAAACUAUUCAGACGCUUCUCCGUGCGCCUGAGGAUGGCGAGGUGGGUCGCUGAAGAGGACGACGACGACGUCGCCUCGCAGCUCGAGAACGUGCGGGUCGCGGUGGCGCAGUUCUGUUUGGCGAACCACGUGGACUUUGACCGGGUCGAGAAGAAGUUCGCCGACGUGAACAAGUCGCUGAAACGAGCGACGGCGGAGCACGUCGCGGCCGAUGAAUUAUUGGCGGGCGAUUCAAACGCGCCGCUGGACGACCUGGCGGGGUCGCGGGCGACGGCUUGUAGGAUUAGAGAGUGGCAGGAGGCGCACGCGCGGCGCAGCGGGUAA